GCACUUUUCAGGAAGGGAGCUGAAUGAAGCCCGGCGGGUUCUUCAGCUUCUUGAUGAUGCCCUUGACACUGACACUUCCGAUGGCCCUCCGAUCCCUGGGAGCCCCUCAUUCGGCGGGGAGCCCUAGCCCGGGAUUCAUCUAAAAGCCCCUGCAGAAGAGGAAGAGACUGAGAACGGCAGGAACUAGAGCCGGGGCGGGGGCGUCGGAUCACCCCCCACACAGGCCACGCCCCCACCGGAAGACGCGGUCCGUGAGCCCCGUGAGUUGAGCUGGGGAAAAAGACUAUUAUUCUCUGUCUGCUCAGAGCAAGGUCUCGCCGCGCAACCUGGGUUGUUUAGGAGCCAGAGACCCCGCCAGCCUCCCCCAAUGACACGAUUCCCGAGAUCCGGCCUCAGGGUUCUCCCUCUUCCGCCCUGCUCCGGUAGCACUUCCGGCGACGCUCUGGGAAGCAGGGAAGAUUCGGUGCCUCUGUAACCCGUCUCGUGGUCUGAAGGGCACUGGGAGCGAACGGACCCUACAAAGAAGAGCAGGAGGAAGUAAUGAUGCUGGCGCAAGGUUUUGGGAGAAGAUAUAUGAAGGCCUUCUUGAAAGGUUUCUUUGUUGCUGUGCCUGUAACAGUAACUUUCUUAGAUCAAGUGGCCUGUGUAGCAAGAGUGGAAGGAGCUUCGAUGCAGCCUUCUUUGAAUCCAGGGGGGAGCCAUUCAUCUGAUGUCGUGCUUUUGAAUCACUGGAAAGUUAGGAAUUACGAAGUACAGCGUGGUGAUAUCGUGUCACUGGUAUCUCCCAAAAACCCAGAGCAGAAGAUCAUUAAAAGAGUGAUUGCUCUUGAAGGAGACAUUAUUAAAACAAUAGGGCAUAAGAAUAGGUAUGUGAAAGUCCCACGUGGCCACAUGUGGGUGGAAGGUGAUCACCACGGACACAGUUUUGACAGUAAUGCUUUUGGGCCAGUUGCCCUUGGACUUCUGCAUGCCCAUGCCACCCAUAUUCUGUGGCCUCCAGAGCGCUGGCAGCGUUUGGAAUCUGUUCUCCCUCCAGAGCGUGUACCAGUUCAGACUGAAGAGAAGUGACCUCCUUGCAUCUUGCAUGGCUUCUUUGCUUAGAAAGACAAUAUUAAAAUAAAUGGAAGGCAGAGAAAAAGAAUUGUAAAAGGCAGGGCACGUGUUGGUUGAGGCUACAAAUGGAGUAUUCAUAUAUCCUAUGGUUUUAUAUUGAAGCAAAAGAUUUUUUUUCCAGAUGAAACUAUUGUAUGUUACAUAGUAUUUUGUCUGGAGUACUUGUACUAAAAGGUCCUGAUAGCAUAGUACCAAAAAAAAAAAAAGUGAUUGUUUCAGGGCUUUUCCAUAUGUCAUAUAGGAUUGAAUUGUUGGGUAUACUUUUUUCCUUAAUUUGUUGAUUGUUGAUUUUUUAAAUCGGGGUUUAGCUGAUAAAAGUUCCUGAACUGUUAAGCUUGAUGAAAACAUGUUCAUCAAAUAAAUAAUUCAUGCAUGAUUCAGCUUGAAUGUGAAGAAAUAGUGACACAGAUGAAGUGUGAUUUUAAUUGCCAACAUUCACUGGUUAGAAAACAAAUAGUGAACUUUGACAUAUAAUGAUUCCUUUUUUAAAAGGAAAAAAGGAGUUGUUAGUCCUAAAAAGGCAUAUUGACAGAAGGCAAACUCUCCAAAAAAAAAAUGUUUUUUAAAAAUCUAGAGUGCUAUGUUAGAAGUGGGGGGAAUUUUAUUUGGAAAUAAAGGAGAUGUUUUUAAAAA